AUGCCAGUCCCCGAAUCCUCAGCCGCUGACCCUCGGAACAGCGCACGGCGAGACGGCAGCCGCCCGGUGCUAGGACAUGUGAACCUCAUGGUAGACACCUUGAUCGCCAAUGCGAACCUUGAGGAUCUGCGCGCGAUCGUGCGCGGCAUGCUCGCCACGAGCCCCCCUUCGGCCGCCCAGGCGUUCACCGGCGCCGCCCGUCAACGUCUCCAACGCACCAACGCCGCGGCGGUCCCAGACGACAUCGCAGGCGUGUUCGACGCCGGCGAUGGGAGCGAUGCCGCGCCGACCGCCGCGCUCGCAGCGGUGCUCGUCCGCACGCGCGCGCUGUACGGCUCCGGGCUGGGCUUCGCCAGCCUCCGCAUCCUCGCCGCGGUCGUGCGCGCGACGGUCGGCCUGCGGUGGCCCGAGGGCGGGCCGAUGGAGGACAGCCUCGCGCUCGUCGACGCGGACAUCAGCCAGGCGAUCCAGAGCGCCAAGGAGGAGCGCGACGGCGGGCGCGCGGAAGACGUCCAGGCCGCGCGCGCGGUCGUGCAGGAGCUCCGGGAGGCGGUCGCGGAGAGCCAGCUGGACGCGCGCAAGUGGGCGGGCGCUUUCGCGUUUGAGCGCGCCGCGGCGAGCCUGGAGCACUGGCGGCUGUAG